GCGUGGCUUGCUGCCGCGUCUCCCCGCCCCCGUGUCGCUGCGUUGUGAGGCAGUCUGCAGGAGUGAGCGCACCGAGCAGAUGCAACGAUCACGUGGGUUGCCAGGUUGGAGACACUGAACCUACACGGACGAGUGCAAGACAAGUUCAAAACCUUUUGCAGCGGCAAGCGACGACGAGUCCUACUCUGUCCAACUGGUUUUCUGGUUCUCCCUCUUUUUCUUUGUGCUGUGCUGAAACGGAGCAUCCCACAGCUCUCAGCAGGUUUGAACUGGAGGUUUUCCUUUCUCCUUCUUCUACUCCCCGUCCCACCUGUGAUCUACCUGACACUGCAGGGCAGCGGCAGCCCUCCACACACUCACACAUCUUCAUCCGACAUCUUCACCUGGAGCCCACCGAUUCCUAGACAGCAGUAAGGAGUGACCUCCUCCCUCCUCCGGUUCUGAUGGCAGACGGUCGGCAGCCUGAGGACAGCGCCCCCCAGUGGGCACCACCCGGAGCCCAGGGGUCAGCCAGCCCGGUUGGGCAUGGUGAGAAUGGAUUCUCCUACAGGGUGUGCCAGCCCGGGGGUGCCCACGCUGGAUCUGCUGCUUCAUACGCCAAAGAGAACGGCUUUAAUGGGGACCUGCCUUCAGGCCACGCUGUUACUGCAGAGCAAGUGUCUGCGCGGAUCGUGCAGGAGGUGACGGCGGAGGCGGUAGCAGUGCUGAAGGGCGAACAGGAGCUCCACCCAGACACCGCCGUCAGACUGCCCUCAGUGGAAGACUCUGCUAAUCUGCCCCCGUCUCCUCCCCCCUCACCUGCAGCAGAGCACUUCGGCCCUCUGGAGCAAGAUGUAGGGGACGAGGAGGAGGCUGGGCCUCUCCGCCGCUUCCAAAAUUCUCGGGAGAGGUGCAAGUUCCUCGCCCCCUCCAUCUCAGUCUCAGUGCCCGAAGAUGACCCCUACUACUCUGACGAGGAGUACUAUGACCACCCCUUAUUCAGCCCAGAGUGGACACUCUCUGGCGCACGGCCCUCAGGGCAGGCCGCUGCUUUUAGGCAGAUCGAAGAAGAAGAGACCAUAGAGGCUCUCUCCGCAGCGGAGGAGGAAGAGGAGGACACUGCAGCAGCAGCAGCAGCAGCUUUAGAGGAGCAGGAGGAGCUGGAGGAGGAGGAGGAGGAGGAGGAGCAGUGGAGUGGGGAGGAGCCUGAGGAGGAGCCCCCAUCCCAGCUCUUAGAGCAGGCAGAGGUUGUAGAUGAGGCACAGGCUUCGCCCUGCCCGCAGGCCGAGGUCCAGGCACUUACUGCUGGCCCUGAAGCUCCUAAUGGGAGCGCUAAGGAGGCAGGGGGGGAAGAGAGCCCUGAGAAAGCUGUGAAGAUGGACACGGAAAAGCCUUGUGGAGAGAGGACCACCCCUGUCGGCAUGGACUUCACCGUCUCAGAGUCGCACCGUGAGGAUCCUCCCUCUUACCAGAGCCUUGUUCCUGACAAAGACAUGCCAGAUACCCCGUUACCUGCCCCUUGUGACACAGAGGCUUUUGCCAUUCCCCCAGAUGGCCAGAGUAAUGCCAAAGAGUCCCAGGAACCUUCAGCUCAAAUGCCUGAUUUUAAAAUCAGUGUUGAGAAACAAGCUUCAUCGGAUGCAGCUGACUCCAGUAAGUCUCAAAAAUCACUAGAAGUUGAAGUCAAAGCCGUGACUGCUGGAGACAAGCAGACGGAAGCUACAGUGAGUGCCAAAACUCCAGAAGUGCCUGAAAUCGAGUCUGCUAGAUUAGAUAAAGAUAAUAAAGAUGUAGAACAAACCAAGGACAAGUCUGGAAUGUCGGCUUACUUUGAGACCACGACUCCGAAACCUGACGAAGCCAGGGGCCAAGGUGAAGGAUAUUAUGAGCUUAGUGCUGCCUCGAAUGAGACCAAAGACACUCCUGCCAUUCCUUCACUUCCAGAGAUUAGCUACAGUACCCUUGCCCAGACUCAGUCUGUGGAUGAAAAACCUUCUAGUCAAAAGGGUUCGGCAGAGAUACAAAAGGUCCUUUCGCCAGUAGAAAAGAGGGAUGAUUGCAGGCUCUCUCCUGGAAAACUAGCCCUGGAGCAAAGAAGCUACUCCCUCAAUAUCACCAUUGGAGCAAUGGAUCAAAGUGGAGGCCGAGGACAGCCCAGGAACUUCUCCCCGUUAGCGACAGACAUCAUGUCUUACACCAGCGGAAGCCUUGAUGAAUCUGCUGAUUACCUUCCUGUCACAACUCCAUCGGUAGAGAAAAUUCCUACUUUCCCACCGCUCAUUCUUGAAACGUCAGCUUCUGUCACAACUCCAUCAUCUUCUCCUCCCCAUGACACGGUGACUGAAGCCAAGACACCAAGUCCACAAGCCGAAUCCCCAGACUCUCCUCACCUAUCUAAGUACUACUAUAAAAAUGGUGCUGUCAUGGCUCCAGACCUGCCAGAAAUGCUGGAUCUGGCAGGUGCCCGUUCGAGGCUAACGUCUGAAAACACUGACCCUGAGAUUAUGAGAAGGAAAUCAGUCCCUGCGGAUAUGCCAGCCCUCGUGAGCGACUCUUUCGCCCAUUUGUUUCAGAGUGACCAGAGUCACAGAAUUGCAAAAAGUGAGAGUCAGUUGGAGGAGCAGGGCUACUGUGUUUUCAGUGAGUACUCAGGUCCCAUGCCAUCACCUGCAGAUGUGCACAGUCCAAUGGACUCUCCACCAACACAGAUCUUCAACACUAUGAUAUCAGAAGAGAAGGAGCCAAGUCCUGCUGCGAGUGGACAGGAAAGUCCAUCGUCUAAGGAUGUGAUGCCUAAGGAGGACACUGUCCCAGAACCUAAGGAAGAGAAGGAUACAAAUGAAUUACCCAGCAAGAAGGAUGAUAUUGAGUCAGAUCAGCCAGAAAAACAAUCAGAAAUCCUUGUAACGCCAACUGUGACAGUUACCCUAGACGUGGCAAAACCUGAUCUUGAUGCAGAGGGCAAUCUUUCUGCAGACCAGGAGGCUGAAUUUGCAAAUUAUGAGAGGCAAAUUCGCAAACUCGAAAUGGAAGACAGACCUUUAAGUGUUGAGGAGGAGAAGGAGCUCCAGGAGCUUAGAGAGAAAGUGAAAAAUAAGCCAGAUCUGGUGCACCAGGAGGCCUACGAGGAGGUAGAUGCGGAAGACGUCUACCAGCUCACUGGGGUUGCGAAGGACAGGAUUGCUAGACCAAUAAGACCAUCCCCAGCAUCGUCAGUGGAGAGCAAUCCAGAGGAGGAGAAAGUUCAAGCUGCAGUAGAGAAGGCUAAAUCAGUAGAAGUAGAGAAAGAAACAGAAGAUCUGAAAGCACAGCCAACAAAAUUGUCUCCAGCUGGGUCUGUUGAGAAAAGAGGAGAAGUUGAAGAGGAGAAACCCUUAGUGGAACCUGUCAAAGAGAAAGAGACUGCUGCAGAAGAGAAAGCUCUGGUUGAUCAUGCAAAGACAGAGGAGCCUCCAGUUGCUAGCACAGUUGUACAAGGUGCAGAAGAAGAAAUAGAGCUCGCUGAGGAACCUAAGGAGUUCAUAGAUGAAGCAAAAACAACCAAACCUACAGAAUUGGCACCAGUGGAGCCUGAACAGGAGAAGCCUGAUGCAGAGGCAAAGGCAGAGGCUGUGAAUGCAAUAGUGAAGGAAGAUGUAGAGGCUGAAAUAGUGAAGCCUGAAGCAGAGGCAGAAAUAGUCAAGGCUGAAGCAAAGGCAGAAAUAGUGAAGCCUGAAGCAGAAGUUGAAAUAGUGAAGCCUGAAGCAAAGGCAGAAAUCGUCAAGGCUGAAGCAGAAGAUAAAAUAGUCAAACUUGAAGCAGAAGCAGAAAUAGUAAAGGCUGAAGCAGAAGUUGAAAUAGUCAAGGCUGAACCAGAGGCAGAAAUAGUCAAGGCUGAACCAGAGGCAGAAAUAGUAAAGGCUGAAGCAGAAGUUGAAAUAGUCAAGGCUGAAGCAGAGACAGAAAUACAGAAGGUGGAAACGGAAAAGACUGAAGCAGAACCGGCUGAAACAGAACAGAUUAAGGACGAAGUUGAGGAGAAGGAGGAAGAGAAUGAACCUGAGGAACUGGAAGGGGCUGGGGCUCUAGUAGAUGAAGCUGCAGAGCCUAGAGCAGCCAUCGAAUCUGUAGUGACAGUAGAAGAUGACUUCAUCACAGUGGUGCAGACAAUCGACGAACGCGAAGAGCCUGGUCACAGCGUCCGGUUCUCUGCCCCUCCUGAGGAGGAACUGCCUCAGCUUCUCCAAGAGGACGAGGAAGAAGAAGAGUCUGUGGAAAUGGCACAAGAAGCAGAACUAGAGGCUGAAAGUCUUGAGGAAGUUCCUGAUGUCCCGGAAGCUGUCGAAGAACCUGUGUGCCCUCCUAAGCAGGUGCCAGAAAGUGAGGGUCCUACUGAGAGCUAUGAUGACUACAAAGACGAGACCACCAUGGAUGACUCCAUUUUGGACAGCUCCUGGGUGGACACUCAAGCGGAUGACGAUAAGAGCAUGGCCACAGAAAGAAUUGAGCCUCUUCCCAGGAUGGCAAGUCCUGCAAAGAAGCCUCCAGCUGAGAAACCAGUCAAACAGAAGGCUAAAGGAGGCAGGGCCAAAGGAAGAGUGUCCACUCCAGAACGCAAGCCGGUCCGGAAGGAGCCGGUUCCAGUGCAGAAAGAGGAGAUGAAGAAGAAAAAAGCUGUGAUUAAGAAGGUUGAGCUCACAAAAAAAUCUGAGAAUCAGAGUCGCUCUCCCUCCCGGAAGAGUGUGCUAAAGACCGGCGCCGUACGGCACCCUAGACCCACCCAGCACCACGCCUGUGCUAAACGGAAACCCACAGUGUCAGCGGACGGACGAUUGCCCUUCAGUGCUAUGAGGCACUCCAGGGACCGGGCGUCUACCCACAGCCCGACAUCACUAACAAAGAUACCCACCUCUAAAAUGCGGGCGUCGGCUCUCCUUCCACCCCGCCCCAACUCUGCUGGCUCCCUCAUUAAAAAGAGCCCAUUGGUGGGGACGGACUACAGCGAGCCCCGCCCCUCUUCAGCGGGUCCACAAGACUCUCCUUUACUUAACAGACAUUUAGGAAAGGAUGGAGGUUCACGAAGCCCAGAGAAGAGGUCGUCUCUGCCCAGGCCAGCCUCCAUCCUGACCCGCCGCCCACACGGAGAACACGAGGAGAGCUCCACCUCCAUCACCAGCUCCGGCUCCACAGCACCUCGCAGGCCCACAUCCUUCCGCACUGAGGUCAGAGCGGAGCACAGGACAGGCAGGUCCCCCAGUAUGACAGGUACAGAGUCGGCCCGGUCCCGCUCGGCCCGUAGCGGAACCUCCACGCCCCGUACCCCCGGCUCCACAGCCAUCACCCCCGGUACCCCACCAAGCUACUCCUGCCGCACCCCGGGCACCCCCCGCACCCCGGGCACCCCCAAAUCCCUCAGCCUGCUGUCUCAGGAAAAGAAGGUGGCCGUCAUCCGCACGCCCCCAAAAUCCCCCGCCACCACGCCCAAGCAGCUGCGCAUCCUCAACCAGCCACUGCCCGACCUCAAGAACGUCAGGUCCAAGAUCGGCUCCACCGAUAACAUCAAAUACCAGCCUAAAGGAGGCCAGAUUCAAAUUUUAAACAAGAAGCUGGAGCUCAGUCACGUUCAGUCAAAGUGUGGAUCCAAGGAUAAUCUGCUGCAUUCUCCUCGUGGAGGCAACGUACAAAUCCAGUCCAAGAAGCUUGACCUCAGUCACGUGACCUCCAAGUGUGGAUCUCUGGACAACAUCCGCCACAGGCCAGGGGGCGGUAAUGUGCGCAUUGAAAGUGUGAAGCUGGACUUCAAAGAUAAAGCCCAGGCUAAAGUGGGCUCUCUGGACAACGCCCACCACACGCCAGGAGGAGGGCAUGUGCUGAUCGAGAGCCACAAGCUGAGCUUCCGUGAUUUGGCCAAGGCGCGUGUGGACCAUGGGGCCGAGAUUGUGACCCAGUCGCCCGGCCUUUCGGGCGGCACCUCGCCCCACCGCCACAGCCACAUGUCCUCAUCCGGCAGCAUCAACCUGCUGGAGUCUCCGCAGCUGGCCACCCUGGCUGAGGACGUGACCGCCGCCCUGGCCAAACAGGGACUGUGAAACCUCACCCAUUCUCCUCCAGCAGCUCCCGCAUAAACACCCAACUACAGCUCAGCUACCACUCAACUAUACCAACUAUACCCCCUCCCCCCCCUCUGCAGGGGCAGCUUCAAAAAGCAGGGAUUCUCAGUGAGAUACAGAACAUAAGGGAACACCGGACCUAAUAUUUAUCUACCAUUUCUAUCUUUCAAAUUCUUCUUUCAAAUAAAAGUCUUUAUAAAUUAAUCGUUUAAUGAACCAAAGGCCUCUUUUCCACUGCAGAGCCAAAUGGUUACUAAUGACCCAAUAUUAUCUUAGUUAAAAUGUUGCUUAGUCAGAAUCUGGAAGUGCAAAACUAAAUGCCAAAUUGAGGAGAGUGGCUUUUCACACCAGCUACCACAUUACUGGCCUCAUCCAACAUCACUACUACAGUGUUAGCCCACCAGCUAAUAGACACAUCCCAAACUACUACUGGCCUCGUCCAACAUCACUACUACAGUGUUAGCACACCAGCUAAUGGACACGUCCCAAAUUACUACUGGCCUCGUCCAACAUCACUACUACAGUGUUAGCACGCUGGCUACAGGCCUCAUUCUGCAUUACUACUGGCCUUGUCCAACAUCACUACUAAAGUGUGAGCACACCGGCUACUGGACACAUCACAUAUUACUAGCAGCCUCGUUUAACAUUGGUAACAUCACUAUGACAGUGUUAGCACCCUGGCUACAGGACACGGCCUUGUCCAACAUCACUACUACAGUGUUAGCAUGCUGGCUACAGACCUCAUUCCACAUUAAUACUGGCCUCGUCCAACGUCACUACUACCCUGUUAGCACACUGGCUAUUGGCCUCAUCUUAAAUUACUACUAGUCUCGUCCAACAUCACUACUACAGUGUUAGCACACCAGCUACUGGACAUGUCCCAUAUUACUAGCAGCCUCGUUCAACAUUGGCAACAUUGCUACGAUAGUGUUAGCAGGCAGGCUACAGCCCUCUUUCUACAAUACAACUGUCCUUGUACUACCAGUCCAUUCAACAUUGGCAACAUUGCUACGAUAGUGUUACAGUGGUAGCACGCUGGCUACAGGACUUGUCCCACUUUAUGAUCAUUAACUAAACCCAUUUGAUACUUUACCCUGUUUGGUGUAGGAAUAAAAGUGGAAGUAACCAUAAAACAAAUUUAGCAGUGUGAAAGGAAGACCACAAGAGACUUUUACUCAACCAUUACUCAAUUUGUCCAGUAGCAAUAGACAUAUAAAUCAUAUAAAUUAUCUUAAUAUCAGUUUACAAAAGAUAUUUAAAACAUUUAAUGGACAGACAGUACAUAGUGUUUGUGUGUGGAUUGAGGUGGACCUAACCAACCCAAGUACUAAUCUCUCUAAAAAUGCAUAAAUGGCACCCACUCCUAAACUAGUGUCUACACAAUGAGUCUAUACCUACAUACGAGAAGCGGUGGGUGGCACCAAUAACCUGUCCAUACCCUGUCAAUCCAACCAGCCCAACAGCAUUAUUGAGCUACUCAUGUAGAAAACAAUGUAUAGAGAGAGAUUCCCAGCAUGGUACAUGUAGUGUUUUCAUACUAGGCAGCUACAGGCCUUGUUCCAGUUCAUUACAGUGAUGUCUGUGCACUGGCUAAGGGCUUUACUAACAUCACUACAGCAGUGUUAGCAUUGCCUAGAUAACCAACAGGCAGAUAUCUUAGUCUUUUAAACCCUCCUACUAAAGUAUUCAUUGGCACCAAGUACUGUUAACUAUCCUACUGUUCUCAGAACUGCUUGACCCUGCAGUGGAAAAGCAGCCAUGCUGUACUGUUUAAUUACUGUGACUCUGACUCAAACUGGUAUACAACUGGAGCCAAUGGGCAGUAGCUCGUAUUAAUGCAGCUGAUCAUUGGCUUCCACAACUAAUAUGACUAGUUUUCUUAAAAAAAAAGACCAGAAAUAUUGGAUUGUCCUCCAUUUUUAGCUAAUUUUACUGAGAAACCCUGCGUUUUGAAUCCAAACCCCUGAUCUACAGUAGAGUAGGCUCCUCUAGAGGUGUAGUAGUAGUGGUGGGCACCAGCCUCCUGCCCAUUUACAACCAUUUAUGAACAUUAAUAUCCAUUUAUGACCAUCUAUGAACAUUUCUCAAAGACACAACACACUUUUUUUCUGCCGGCUGAACAUCAGCACCCUCCUGGAACUGGUUUUGGACUUUGGAUAAAUGUGGAAUCUUGUUUGAUUUUAUUGUUCUUUUGUUUGUUUUUUGGUCUUAAAAUAUUCCAGUUUUUAGAUUAGAUUAGAUUAGAGAGAGGUACCAGUGCAUUUUUUUCUGUUUUUUUUUUUUUGUUUGUUUUUCGUGUAAUUUGAUCCUCCCUGUUUACUCUAUGUGUUUGUGUGUGUGACUGUGAUUUUAUUUUUUAUUUUUUAUUUUAUUUUAUUUUUUUAUCAUUAUUAUGAUACUUAUUAAUAUUAUUAUAAUUUUUAAUGGUGUACAGAUGCUGAUUGAUCUCAGAUCAGGCUUGAGCUGUUGGUACGCAUUUAGACGCCGGGUUCGGACGCCGCUGUUUCUAAGGCUCCAGUGCUCUGGAGCAGGCUUAUUUUUUGCCUUUUCUACAGAAGACAGGAGGUCACGUGACCAUUCCAUGCGGUGUUACUAAUUAUUAUUUUUUUGGUUUUCUUGCGCAGUUUAGUGCAUGGAGUCUUACGAAAAUGAAAAAAAAAAAAAGAAAAAGAAAGAAACACCCCGCAUCCCGAAUGCGACUCGACUACGCUCAACCGCCGCUCAACCAUCGAUGCUAUCGAAACGAUAAUGUAUAUUAUUAAUAAUAUAUGUGUAUAAUUACACCGAUUCUUUGUCAGCAGCAUCUCUCAGUCAACUUUAAACAUAAAAAAAGGACAAAAAAAACUGAAAACACUUCUAUAACUUAUAAUAUCUGUACAAUUAUUGCAUUAUUGCAGCUGAGA